GAUGAAAUUCCAGUUUACAAUUGCACUUCAGGAUCCAUAAAUCCUUUCACUUGGCAACGGUUUUUCAAAUGUUUAAAUACGUAUUAUUGGAAAUAUCCCUCAGAGAAUACCUUUUUAUAUCCAACAAAUAUACCCAAGAAGAGUUAUUAUUGGAAUCGAGUAUGUAUUGCGAUGCAACAUCGACUUCCUGCAAUGCUAACCGAUGUAUUUCGAGUUGCUAUUGGCAGGAAACCAAAGAUGAUGACCGUCUACAACAAAGUUCAGAAGAGGAUGAAACUUAUAGAAUACUUUACUACAAGAGAAUGGACGUUUCCUGCAGGAAACGUGGGGGAAUUGCUGAAAAUGAUGUCGACACAAGAUAAACAGAAUUUUGACUUUGACAUCUCGAAACUCGAUUGGGACCAAUACAUGAAAGAUUACUUUCUGGGCAUCAGGAGAUUUGUUUUGAAGGAAGACGACUCGACUAUCCUCCAAAGCAGAAAAAUAAUAUUUACGAAAUAUUAUUCCAUUUUACUUGCAAAAACGGGAUUGUUUUUUGGAUUCCUUUAUAUCCUAACUUCCUUAUUAUUCUAAUUUCCCCUAGAAAAUUUAAAAUUUCUAGGAAACUGUUUACAACAAAAAGAAAUAUGCCUUUGAACUGAGUUGAAAAUUUAAAGAAAAAAAAUGACCUUAGAUCAA